GGGAGGAAGAGAAGAAAUCUCCCUUCUUCCCCUCCCAAAAAGAGAGGUGGAAGAAAAAAAACCGUCCGAAAAUCUCUCGCCUCUUCAAUUCUUCCCUGUUCGUCAAUCGUUCAUUCACUUAGCCGACCAGCCCACCCGACCAUCAUUUUAUUUCCAGCCCCCUUCCGACGUCUAACACACACGACGCAGAUAACACACCCGAGCCCUUUUCUGCCAACAGCCUGGCCAUUUCAUCACCACAUUUCAUCCCUUCGGCACUCCGCAUCCAUCGUCGCCGUCGCUCUUGCUGCCUCGCAGCUCCACCACUCUUCACGCGCCGCGAAUCCUCCAGUCGGCAAUGGAUCGAGCCUCUAUCAAGGCUGAGUUCGGCAGAGAUGUCGAUCACGAUGAUGUGCAGAUGGCCGAAACCCGACCAUCCUACAAGUCCUGGAAGAAGAAGUAUCGCAAGAUGCGCAUCAAAUUCGACCAGCAGAUGCAGGAGAUAGAGACCCUGCAUAAACUCGAACAAAAGGCUAUGCGAACAGCCAAGCGCCUAGCCAUCGAGAACGAUCGGUUGAUGGACCUCCUGGUCGAUAUCAACGAGUCGCCUCAGAUUCCCUUUGAGCGACGCAUAGACCUGAAUUUGGAAGAUGAGGAAGACGAUAACGACUCCGAUGCCACUCAGAAGCCUACGAAGUCUCUGCGAAGGCUGGAGCAGGAGGUCCCGCACAGAUCGUAUGCUGCUACUGUCGAGCAAUUCCCCGAGAUCCUGGACGACCUCGAUCCCGAAGAGCCCGCCAUACAUCCUACCUCGUUCCUCACCGCCGACGACAUCGACGAAUAUCUCCACGAGCUAGACCAGCAAUUAAAGCUCAAGCCGAAGCCGUCGCUCGCGCCCAGCGUCCUGGGCAAGGAGGUUUCGAAUCCGGCUGCCAAUUUUGCCCUCCGAAACCCAACGAGCGUAUACAAUUGGCUGCGGAAGCACGCGCCCAAGACGUUCCUACAGGAUCUUGAGAAGGAGAAGGAUAAGGAGAAAGCAAGGGAGAGGGACAGGGAGAGGGAGAGGGACGACCACGGCGAGCGGGAUGACGACGGGCGCAAGCGGAAGAACGGCGGCCCGCGGAACAAGAGGCAGUCGACUGGCGGUCGCAAGGAAAAGGAGGCCGUGGAACCAGCGGAUUGGGACGAAGACCUAGGUUUUGAUCUGCCCAACGCCGCUGCCAAGGGGAAGAGGAAGAGGGACGAGGACCCGGGAUACAGACCCAAAGGCGGAUCGAGCCGGCCGGUGAAGAAGCGCAAGAGUAGGGAUUUCGGUUCUAUCCCGUCCAAGGGCUCGCGAAAGUCCACUGCGUAGCCUGGCAUCCUCUGCUCACACUGCCGCGUGCUGUCGGAUGGUACCACCGAGGGACGGUUGCUACCGAGAGGGGAGGGGUUAUAAUGCUACGAUACGGUCAGAGAGGUCGGUU